AACACACACAAGAUCGCGGGUCAUCAAGCCUAGGCUAACACCUGAGCAUUCCGAGUAUUUCCCGAAAAUGACAUGGUGCCACGCCUCACCGGCAUGAAGCGGCUUCUGAAGACGGAUAAAUGUGGGGUUGAACUGAGAGAAGCAGCCUGCUAACACUGGUUGUUAUAGUCCAGUGGGGGGGCAAGACAAGUAUACGAGAUGACUAUCUUGGGCAGAUCCGCCGAGACACACGCGCGGCAGUCUUGGCUGCUUCAACCCUCCCGAGUCAUCAUAUAUAGCCUACCAACUACGGCCCCAAGAAUGGGUGUUGACGCAACCGGCACAACUUGACUUUGACAGAAUGGAAGCCUCAUACUCCGCAGACCUCGCCAUCAUCGGCGCCGGCAUUGUGGGCUCAGCCCUGGGAUACUUCUUGUCUUCGUCUGGAGAUAACAGCAAGAAAAUCGUCUUGAUUGAUCGCUCUUUUGCACCUUUGAAGGGCUCAACCGGCCAUGCCCCUGGAUUUGUUGGCCAGUACAACGAAUCCGAAGUCCUGACCCGUCUAGCUAAGGAGACCGUUCAUGAGUAUAGGCGGAUCCCCGCCGGGUUCGACGUGGUCGGGGGUCUUGAGCUGGCGACAAGCCCUGCGGGGGCGGAGCGCCUGAAACAGCGCCAUGACUCGGCGAAACGGGCUGGUCUCGAAGCCGAGCUCAUCACGACCGAACAAGCAAUUCGCAUGGCCCCUGCUCUGAUCAAGGGAGAAUACACCGCUGCGCUGCACUUUGCCGGAGAUGGUGCUGCCAACGCCAUCAGAAUCACCACCUUCUUCCAGGACGAGGCACGGGCGAGAGGCGUGCAGCUUCUGCAGGCGGAUGCCACGAAGAUCCAGCAAGCCAAUGGCCAGGUAGAGGGUGUGAUGACCACGGCCGGGUUCGUUCAAGCAAAGAAGGUCAUUAUCGCGACUGGCAUCUGGGCUCCGGAGCUCAGUGACUUCCAAACACCCAUUCCCAUUAUCCCUGUCGCGCAUCCCUACAUGUACGGCAAGUACCACGAGUUGAGCGAACAUAGAGCGCCUUGGGUCAGAUGGCCUGAGCACCACGUCUAUGCCAGGGACCACGGUACCUUUUACGGACUGGGCUCCUACGAUCAUCCACCGUUUGCGCAGCAGCCGAAUGAGACCGCCAUUGGGGACUGGAUUGAGGAUUUCGGUGCGACUCUGGACACGGCGAUGAAGUUCAUUCCGGAUUCGACCAACUUGGAGAUCCGGGAGAAAUUCAACGGUAUCUUCUCGAUGACGCCAGACAAUAUGCCACUGGUGGGAGCUGUGGCUGAGGUUGCUGGGCUGUACAUGGCGGCCGCUGUCUGGGUGACCCAUGCAGCUGGAUCGGCCAAGUUCCUGGCUCAAAUGAUCCAGGGAGAGGCGCUCGACGAGACUCUGAAGAAGGCUUUGGAUCCCAACAGAUUUAAGGGACGGGAGAUGAAGGAGCUGACACAGGAGUCACUGGACGGAUACAACCACAUCUAUAAAACAGUUGCAUCUUCGGAAUGAAGGGUUCCAAUGUAUGAUCUUCAUCCCAGCUUACGAAAAAUCGCACCUUCUAGUACACUUCCAACUCCACAGUACCUCUUCAAAGCUUCGCAUGACCUCGCGCUGGAAACCCAUCAUACUGCACAGCUAAGCUAUAAGCUGGAUCAUAAUGCAUAUCCCAAUACU